AUGUGGCCAGGCUCUAGUGUAGAUAUCAGUGGUAUACGAACGGAACGCGAUGCACAGUUACUAUUGUCAACAGUAACGUCGUUGUUGGCAAGUACGAGAUCGCAUGAGAAUGGGCGAUAUGAAACGCACCACUCGAGUGAUUUGAUUCUCCCGGGCAGUGUGAGUAAAUCGUUGAUAAAUAUGUCCCACGAGCUGAUACAUGUCGUGACAUCAGAAAACGACAGCGCUUUACCCGAUGGCAUAGAAAAUUUGACUGAAUUGUACGGUCCGAAACGAGACCCACUCUACGUGGUAAUUCCAAUCACGGUCAUCUAUCUGCUGAUCUUCCUCACUGGUGUCGUCGGCAACAUUAGCACAUGCAUCGUGAUCGCACGCAAUCGAUCUAUGCACACCGCCACCAACUAUUAUUUAUUUAGCCUAGCUGUUUCCGAUUUUCUCCUGCUGGUGUCGGGCGUCCCGCAAGAGAUCUACUUUAUCUGGAGCAAGUACCCGUACGUGUUUGGUGAAACAUUUUGCGUGCUGCGCGGCAUUGCUGCGGAGACGUCGGCCAAUGCAACCGUACUGACGAUUACCGCUUUCACGGUAGAGCGGUACGUUGCCAUCUGUCAUCCGUUCCUUUCACAUACUAUGUCCAAGCUUAGUCGUGCAAUACGUUUUAUAUUUGUGAUUUGGUUGAUCGCGAUCGUGUCGGCGGUACCGCAGGCGCUACAGUUCGGUGUCACCAACCAAGGUGGUAUCGACCAGUGCGUGGUAAAGCGCAUCAUCAUUCAGCACUCCUUUGAGCUUUCUACCUUUCUGUUCUUCUUCGCGCCAAUGACGCUCAUAACCGUGCUGUAUGCAUUGAUCGGACUGAAACUGCGCUCCUCCACGCUGAUGCAGCGCGACGGUACAUUGCAGCGAAGAAACAAUGUUUUGCCCAACUCACGUCAGUCAUCCGCCAACACCCAGGGCACACGGCGUGUUCUCAAAAUGCUUGUGGCUGUUGUUGUUGCUUUCUUCCUAUGCUGGGCACCAUUCCAUGCGCAGCGGCUUGUUUACAUCUACGGAGUAGACAAGGACCACCAACCUUCCGACCCACUAAUUCUGAAGCUGUUCGUCGUCACAACUUACAUCUCCGGUAUCCUCUAUUAUCUGUCAACGUGCAUAAACCCACUAUUGUAUAACAUCAUGAGCAACAAAUUCCGACAGGCGUUCAAGGAGACGCUGGCCAACUGCUGUCAAAUUGCGAGUCAAUCAAAUAGUACGCAGCGAUCAUACCGAAUACUGCCCCGACGGGAACGACGUUCUGCUGCAAACAAGGAAUCUUCCGAUAUCUCAGGCAAUUCCAUUAAGGACGAAAGCUUGUACUCGUCCUCUACUCAGAAACAAUCCUUCGACUCCAUAACAUUAUCCCGAGGUCAAUCACUUAGGCGCGCGUCGUCGACAACGGCACUCGGUGUGCAAGAGAGCGUUCUUUCUUCGCCGUUCGCAUACACGGCCCUCUACCAUAACCACCACCAGCCACAUGCGAACGUUUCCCAAUAUAACUACCACUACGGACACCAGCAUGCAAUCAUUCCACCAUCGUACGGCGAGAAACCGGCUUACAAUGUGCUUGUAUCUAGCAAACCUGGUCGCCCAGGACUGGAUCUGUACACACAGGAACGGGAACUGCAAUUGAACAUAUUUGCAUCGUCGAGCGAACCUGAACCCACAGGCAGCAAUGGUGGAUGCAAAGGUUCCGAACACCUUGCUGAUCGAACGCUUAAGCGUAUCAGUAUCCAGAUUAAUCAGAUUAGUGUGGGAAACUUUGCUGCGCGUAGUACUGGAUUGUCGGAGAUGGACAUUACGCCAAGAAGCAAUCGACUGUCGGAGCGCAGCGAUACGCUGCGGCUUCUUUGCAAGCAGCCACGUGGUCAGGAUGGUCGCAUAGAGAUAUUCGUGCGUAACCGGCAACGACAGCAACAGCGCAGCCGGCUACGGUUGUGGCGUUUCUUUCAACAUGUGCGUCCGCUGCGCCAAACCACCGGAACCAGUGCAGGGAAGCAAAAAUUGACGUCAUCUUCUGGGGCAGUCGUUCACUUCUACGAAGAUCCCUCGUCGGAUGUAGCAUCUUUGGCCGAAGACCAAUUACUUGCGAAUAAACUCGCAUCCGUAGCGGUUGAUGGAAAACAUAUUGUCAGUGUUGAGGAUAGGAGCUGUGAAAACCACUCAGUUCUAGACGACGACCUCGAAGCGUACAUGAGGGAGAUAAAGCUCCGCGAAACCAUCAACCGUUAG